AUGCCUCCCGCCCUUACUUUCCUCCUGCAUCGACUUUUCAAAUAUGCAAGCAGUAGCCAGCAGCGACGGAAACAACUGUGGCGAUACCAUCUUCAUCCCCGCGCAACCGACAAUUGGCAACAGCUGGGAAAAACGGCGAUGCCAGUCGAUGGUUCAUCCCCGAGCGGCCAAAGCAGGAGCAACAGCUCCAAGAAGCUGCAUUUUUCGGAGCCCCAAAUAUGGUCCCGCAAAGCCAUCGCCACCAUUUCCCUCUCACGAUCGAUAGCAAUGGCCAACCGUCCCCUAUUUUGUUUCGCAUCGGAGAAGAAGGAAUAA